ACAGUUUAGUAAGUAAUGAUGAAGUCCUGAGUGUUUCGAACGUUCUUGGCAGUAACACGAAUGUCCAGGAAAAUGUCCAGGAUUUAAAUGAUGCAGUCCGGAACAAUGGCCGCGGUAGUUUGAACAAUAAAGACGCCAACGCUGAAUACCAUGGUGUUUUGGACGAUGAGGACAGUAACUCUGAAGCCCUGGGUGGUUUUAAUGGUCAACGAAGUCAGACUCGAGUCCCAGAUGACUUGAACGAUCCAGUCAGUAAAACUGACCGACAUAAUGACUUGAACGGUCGCUAUAACCAAUACGAACUAAAAGAACAUGCAGAGGUUGAAGCUGACUGUAAACAACUAUCACGGCCAGAGCUACUUCGAGACCUAUGUAAACGGUUCGGACGAAAAUCGCAUCAGCUUGAAUCGAAGUGUGAUACGAUCUGUAAUGAAAUACUUUCACUUGAAGGCGUUAAACACGUGUACUCUGCGUAUACGCUCACUUCUAUUAACGAUGUAACGUUUGUAGUUACUAUUGAGAAUGAUCGGGACAGGCAUGCCGUAGAAACAUACCUUAAAGGCAUUGAAAUAGACUACGAUAUAAAAUGGCUACAAUUUAAGAACAAUGAAACUUAUGGUAUUGCUCACAGAAGCAAUAUACCACAAACGGACGUAGAAAUGGAAAAGUUGAGAACGUGUAUUCAAACUCAUGCUCCUAAAUUGUUUUUUAAACAUAAAUAUUUAAGUAUUAUCCAAGGAUGCAUGCGGGAAAUUAAGAAUAAAGAGACAGAAGAAACAAGCCAUUUUGAAGCAUAUUUAGAAUUGUAUGUACAUGCAAAGGGAUAUAUUCCAAUUCAAGAGGAUCCGUUUGAAAAGAAUUACAAUGGAAUUGCAGUUCAUGUUCGUGACGGUGUUUUUUUACCAUAUACCAAGCAUGCAGAUGACAUUCACGACAAUAUUCGCAUGGGAUGCGCUAUUUCUCGUAAAAAAGAAAGAAGCGGUACACUUGGACUAUUUUUUGAGCAUGUUCAAUAUGGGAUGUGUGGAAUAGCCAGUGCGCAUGUUCUUUUGUGCGACAAAGAGUUAGAGCAGUGUACAAUGCAGAUGGGAAAAUACGUACCACAAGAUCAAAAGGAGGUAUAUCAACUACGUUUUCCAGACAUGAUCGGUCAACUUGUGGAGGUUAUUUACAAAAAGGGGAACACUUCACUACCUGGUAUUGAGAUUGGAGUUAUUGCGAUAGAAAAACGAAAGCCUGAAAACGGACGAUUUCCAGAUCCGAAACGUGGAAAACAGUUAGAUAUCAACUAUUCAUCCGGCAAAGCAGACAAACCUCGGGCGAAUAAUUUAAAGUGCGUUAAAUUCGGCUCUGCCACAAACUACACUUUUGGCAUAAUUGAAAGAUUGACCUUGCCAAAUGUUGCUAGAACUUUGGCAUGGACACUUAAAAGUGGACUUAUCGAAUUAACACUUUACAACCAAUUAAGGAUUGAUCCAACAGAAACAACAGAACCAUUUGCCGAUUUUGGUGACUCAGGUGCACCGGUUUUUGUUAUCGAUGGUGAUGGACAACCAGUCUGCGUUGGAAUCGUUGCUGGUGGGAUAAGUGACAGCCGCACUGUAAUGGUUACUCCUAUUACAGUGAUUCUAGAGGAAUUAGGUAUUUCUAAAUUUAAAACAUUCAAACCGAAUCUAGAAAAACUGCAACAAGAUAUGCAUGCAAUUAAACAUCAACUUUCGGAACUGCAUGCAAUUAAACAUCAACUUUCGGAACUUGCACAGCAUUUAUUAUCGCCAAGUAGUGCAAACCCGUAACAAUUAUUUUCCUCAUACUUUUAAUUUAUACAUAUUUUAUCUUAUUGGGGGACAUUCUGUGCUUUGACACUUAGUGGACUUGUUCCAUUGGAUAUCACGCAUGAUCUAAUACCAACAUUGUAUCGGUAUUGAGUAAAAUAAAAGUGAUUGUGGUCAAGAAUGUUUGGAAGUGUUGUUGAAAUUCCUGAAACAAGAGACCUUAAAGAGUACCUACUUUUGUGAUUCCUUUUGCGGUGAUUAUUUACUUUAUCAUCCUGUUGACAUAUCUAUUUGACAUUUAUAAGGGGGGGGGGGGCACGCCGUCAAUAGAGCUAUUAUAGUACGUGUUACGCUCGCGUUCCUUUGAAGUAUAAAAGGUGUCACCAAUCAAACACUCUUUUCUUAAAGAACAUGUUUAAUGCAUUAAAACCAAUAUAUUCUGCCAAACGACGUGCAUUGGUAAUGUUAUGCCUUGAAAGUUUAGGAAAGUCGCUGAAAACACAGUGCGUGUGAGUGCGUUCAUGUACUUGUACGAGCGUGCGCAUAUGUGAGUGCGUUUGUGCUGCUCAAUUUCAUGUGAUUCAUAGUAUAAAUAUAUACAUAUAUAUGUUAUAUCUGAAACGCUGAAGUCGUAUACCAGCUAUGUAAAAUCAUAUGUAUGCACGUUGCUUAUCUUGAAUUUAGCUUUGUGCUCAAUUGGAUUUUGGUUUUCGUUGAAUACAUUUUACCUGAAAUUUUUACUUAACAUUCUUACUUUUAUCAGUGUGUUCCAUAUAACAAGACAUGCAUGUUAAAUAUUAAAAGUGUGUUGUACGUCACUGUUGAUGUUUAAUGUAUACAUAGUGUAUGUUCCGUUAUAAUGUAUAUUAUAUAGUGAUUCAUUUAUGUCCGCAAUAGAACAUAAUUAUCAGUUGAUGUAUAUAACAUCUCUACACACGUGUCUACUUUCUACUUAAGUAAACACUGUAUUCUCGAAGAUGCAAAUCUUCUACAUACAUGUAUUUUAUUUAUAUUUGUAU